AUGCGCGAACAAAGAAUAGGCGGGCUGACGGAGCAGAAUGAUAUUUUCCGAUUGCUGUGCCGGUUUAGAAUUAUAAUCACUCGCUACAUAGUUAGCGGGUAUUGCAUAUUUACAGAUCUCAUAUCUCAGAAAGCAACGAUGACGGCCACAUACGACGUUAACUGCGAGCUUCGCGGACACGAAGGUGCAGUACGCUGCAUCACCACCAUUUCCAAUGAUCUCCUCGUGACCGGCGCCAUGGACUCUGUAGCCCGUGUUUGGGUACGUGACUCCAGCUCUACCAUCGGUAAUUUUGUGGCUUUACAAAGCGCAGUCACCUAUGAACACGAACACUGGGUCACGGCUAGCGUGGCACUCGAAGGUGGUGGCUUCGCCACCGGUAGCAUGGACAAGAAAAUACACCUUUUCGACUCCCAAGCAAAUUGCUAUGCUGUACUGCAGGGCCAUGAGGGUGGCAUCACCUCCUUAAAUCUAUCUCUAGACAAAAAAACACUAUUUUCUGGCAGUUGGGAUGGCACGGCUCGCAUCUGGAACCUCGAGAAGCUACAGUGUCUGCAAGUCCUGCGUGGUCAUGAAAACGGCGUCUGCGUGCUUAGCCUACCGGAUGGUUCCUUGGUUACUGGAUCUACUGGUCAGCAGGUGGGUAAUCGCGUGGUAGACUUCAAACUUCGCUUCUGGACCAAGGACACGUUCGCGCUGACAAAAUCACUGACGGACCACCAGGGUCCAAUCCGACAGUUGGCUUUGGUACCGGACAUCGGCUUUGUAAGUUGUUCCAACGAUGGAUCCAUUAAGCUUCGUUCAAUGGAUGGCUCUAUUCUGGCCAGUAUGGAGCACCCAUUGAAUCCAGAAGGUAAACCAGGCUUCAUACUAGGCGUUUGUGUGCUUAGCAACGGUUGUCUCGUUUCAGCGAGCGAAGACUCGACGGCGCGUGUGUGGUCACAGGACGGUGCACUUAUUCAGACUUUGGAACACCCGGGAGGACUUUGGUGUGUGGCUCCACUACCAAAUGGAGACUUUGCCACGGGCUGCGACGACAAAGCUGUGCGAGUUUUUACAUAUGAUGUUGCGCGUGUGGACCCAAAUGCAGUAGCUUCGUUUCAAGCAGCGGUGGAGGAAGCGCGAAUUGCAAGGACACAGGGACCAAGUGGCGUGGAAAUUAAGUCACUUCCCGACUAUGACCAAAGAAUCAAUGUCCCUGGGAUGUCUGACGGUCAAAUUCAAAUGUUUCGUCGCGCCACGAAAGCAUGGGCUUGUCAAUGGAGUGGUCCUUCAGGAACUUGGAUCGAUAUUGGAGAGGUGACUGGGACUGGCGGUGGCGGAGUCAUCGACGGCCAAGCAUAUGACAUGUUGAUACCAGUUGAGAUCGAAACGCCUGGUGGUCUGAAGAAGCUAAAAAUUGGAUAUAACCAGGGUCAAAAUCCAUUUACGAUAGCGCAAAAGUUUAUCGACCAGCACUUGCUGGACCAGGCGUAUUUACGCGAAAUUGCUGAUUACAUCACACAGCGAGCUGGUGAGUACCAUCCGCCUGUGCUAGGAAGCAACGAUAGCUUGGAUUCCACUUCUGGCAAUUGUGUUUCAGCGGAUUCUGCUGCUACUGUUCCCCGAUACAAGUAUUUUCCUGUGUCUGGUUACAACACAUUCGAAACGACGAAGAUCGCAAGGCUUAUGAGCACGUUGCGUCAGUUUAAUGACCAGUUGAAAGAAGCUCAGGCACCAGAAGCCCUGACAGACUCUCAACUUAUCGCUCUUGACCAGAUUGUACACAUAGUUCAAGAUACCGCGUUCUACCAUUCUAGCACAUUCACCGUUUCCGAGAUAGCUGCACUUAAGAGCUCGCUAAACAUCUGGCCAGCAAAUAAGGCAUUUCCGACGCUGGAUCUUCUCCGACUCGUGCUUGUACACCCUCAUGGCCCAGCUUCCCUUGGAGAAGCAGGGCUUGAAGCACUUGUCACCAAGGUGCUACGCAUUGGAUUGGAAACUAGUCCGACGGAGGGCGACGACGCAAUUCCUGUAGCAACGCGCAUGCUUUCAUUACGUGUUCUUGCAAACAUGUUUUUGCAUGACGCAGCUCGAAAGUCAAUUCUGGCUCAUAAGGAUGAAGUGUUGAAGAAAUUGCCACUUUUCCAGAAAUUUCACGAUAAACUCGUGGCGCUCAGUCUCUCAACUAUUCUGCUCAACUUUGCGCGAGUGCAAGUAGCAAGUUCAGGAGCUCUCACGCCCGAGGAUCAGGUCGUGGUGGUCUCACUAUCUGCCGACUUGCUGAACGGCGCGUACACAGUCGAGGAAUUGGGCGAUGAUACGAUUUUGCGAUCUCUCGUGGCCAUUGGUACAAUGGCGCUAAGCGGCGAUGUAAGGACAAAAGAAGCUGCAAAAAUUCAUAUUUCGAUAUUUUCUGCGGGUAAAGCAAAUGAAACCUCUGCCCCGACAGUCCGGGAAUGCCUGACGGAACUGCUUCAACUACUUGACUAA